AACAUCAAUGUUUUGUAUACAAAUAAAAAGACUAAAACAUCAAUCAUUUGUAUAUGAAAGAAUGAUGCCGGAAAAAAAUUGUGUUAAAAUAUACUAAUAUUUUGUUAUAUUUGUGAAUAUUAGUUAAGUUAUAAUAAAUAUCUGAAUGUCAAAUAUUUAUAGAAUGUUUUUAUUGCUCUAUUUACAUUUGAAAUAUAAUAUAUAAAUAAUAUAAUUUAGAAAAUAAUAAUUAGAGGUGUCAAAUUUAAAUACUAGACAACAAUUCAUUGAUUAACUUGUACUAUAUCAAAUGAUUUAUAUAUGUACAUAUAUAAUGAUAAUUGAUACAGUAAUGAUAAAAAUAACUAAAUAACCGAAAAUACUUAUUUUCAAAAACAACGCUGAUUGGUCAUUGUGUUGGUUCCCAAGAGAAACGCAAAACAAAAAAUUAGGCUUUUAAAAUUCUCUUCUCCAUUCCCCAAGUAUUGGAAAUAAGGAAGCGAUGUUAAGUUAGUUGACCAUGGUAACUUGAUUCUCUAUAUAACUCAAUCGAAUUCAAGUGAUCAAAAUAUCAUAUAGCUAUGGCAACAGAUACCAACGUAAGCAUUUUCUUAGAUGGAUUUGCGCAUAUCUUGGAAGAACAAUGGCAAGUUGAUGUGCUGCUCAAGGCAGGUGACAGCGAUCCAGAUGCAGUGAUCUCCGCCCACAAGCUUGUUCUGGCCGCAAGAUCAAAGGUUUUUAAGAAGAUGCUGGAGGAGGAUGAGUGCAAGACUUCGUCAGGGAAAGAGAUAAUCACUCUCUCGGAGAUGAAACAUGAAGAGGUAAAGGCUUUAGUAGAGUUCAUAUACAGUAGUGGCUGUGGCUCAACGCCUUGUGCAGAGCAUGCUCGAUCACUCUAUCUAGCAGCGGACAAAUAUGAGAUCCCACAUCUACGAGACCUAUGCAGAGACGAACUUAUAUCUUCUCUGAAUGAGUCUAAUGCUCUUGACGUUUAUGAGCUUGCCCAAAUCCCUUUCGAUGACGAACUGAACAAUGCUGCCUUAAGCUGUAUCCAAAUGAAUAUAACUACCAUUGCUUACUCUGAUGAGCUCAAGCUGUUCGCAGAGCGCAACCCAAUUCUUACAGUGGAGAUAGUGAAGGCUUGUGUUGAACGGAGUAGAAGUAGAAUCUACAGAUACUAGCUUUCGUUCUUUUUACUAUAAAAUACCACAAAUCCGUUCAUUUUUAUGGGAUUGUACUUAUUUAUUGUUUUCACAAACUUCAUCGUGAAAUUCGUAUAUCAAUGAUUAUGAAACAUUAUA